GAAUGGCAUUAGAACAUUCGAUAGUCUGCGAUCUGAUUAACACUUUUAACGUGUUGAUUAAGAUUCGGCACACCAAAGUACGUAUAUAAUCUUUUUAAGCUCAGAUAUAUAUUUAUAUAGUUUAGUGUAGUCGUUGACGUCGCCGGCGAUCGAUGGAGGUCGCCACCAGUAGUACGUCGACGCGAUCUUCUCCGGUGAAGCUAAUGCUGCUGCUGACACUGUCUCCGGCGAGCAAGGUAAUCUCCAAGGGCAGCGGAAGCUGCAGGCGGGUGCAGCUCGGCGGCGAGUUCCAGUGCCGGACAUGCGGCCGGCGGUUCUCCACGUUCCAGGCCCUCGGCGGCCACCGGACCAGCCACAAACGGCCGCGGGUGCGCGCCGACGGCCUGGAGCUCCUCCUCGGCGCACGUCCCGGUAAGGCCGGCGGUGGUGGCAGGGCCUCGUCGCCGGUAGUGCACCGGUGCGACAUGUGCGGCAAGGUGUUUUCCACCGGCCAGGCGCUCGGCGGGCACAUGCGCCGCCACCGCCCGCUGGUGGCCGCCGGUAGUCGUAGCGCCGUGUCCACGACGUGGAUGGGAAUGGGAACGGGAACGACGGCGGCGGCGACAAUGUCCGGCUCGUCGUCGGAAGAGCGUGAUGACGAUGACGACGACGACGCGCACGAUUAUAAUUUGAUCCACUUUUUGUGAGUGGCUAUAUAUAUAAUCGAUCAUUAAAUAUGAAUAAAACCAGCUGUAAUUGAUGUCAAUAAAUUUGAUAAAAUAUGGAGUGGUUUAAUUUUCUACGUAUGCAAACACAUCUGUUGCAAACAUGCAUACGCAUGCUUGAUGAUUCUAUGGAUAUACUUAGACGUCACGGGAUCUUUUUUCAUGCAUUUUGUAAUGUUUAGUUAUAUGUAUUUUUCCAAUGAUUAAUACACGUCAUUUAAUUGUGUUCGUU